CCAAUGCGAACGACGUUUCGAAACAUGUCACAUGACAUGUCGAGCUCUUUACCUGCAGUUUAAACGGGAUAGUUGUUUCAAUGUGCCAUUUCAAUUACAGAUAGCUGUAAUGUAUUUAUGACAAGUCCAAACUUCGGCACCGGAAGAGGGUACGUGGUUCCAGUCUGGUGUCGAGGUGUCACGUAUCACAACAAGCCGCGGGUCUGUGGACGCGAAGCUGACAUCAACCUCCUCUUUCAGAGCCCUUGGUACUUCUUGAUCUUCUCGUGCUGCUUCUUCCUGAUGUUGCUAUCACCUGGGAUCUAUCACUACAGCCUUGUCUUCUUGUUCGUCCACCACUACUAUGUCAGACAUGGAGGUGACAGAGGAGCAGCGGAGCCAGGUGGAGAAAGGCCUGGAGAAGCUGCUUAGGGGUGAGGGGUCAGAGGUCGAAGUGUGCGACGUUGGCCUGGAGCAGAGCAAACCAGCCACUCUGAGGAAGAACGUCACCUAUAUCGUCUGUGCUGUUGUCUUCAACGACAAGGAGGAGGUGCUGAUGGUGCAGGAGGCGCGGCAGGACUGUUACAAACAGUGGUACCUUCCUGCAGGGAGAGUGGAAGCGGGGGAGAGUCUGGAGGAGGCACUGAAGAGGGAGGUGAAGGAGGAGGCGGGCUUUGAAUGUGAGCCACUCACCCUGCUGCUGGUCCAGGAACAAGGACCACAAUGGAUCCGCUUCAUCUACCUGGCUAAGGUCACAGGUGGGAGGAUAAAGGAUCUGUCAGCAGCAGAUGGGGAGUCUCUUCAGGCGUCCUGGUGGGACAAACAGUCUGUCAUUCCUCUGAGGGGACGGGACAUCCUCCCUCUUAUCGAAUGUGGACUAAAGUACCGUCGGGAUCCUUGGCACCCUGUCACCUUACCUAUAGACCUGAGCUGUCGCCAUGUGCUGCAGCGGAUGCUCCUGGUCUUCACAGGAACCGAGGGGCAGAUCUGGAUCCUGCUCAGUAAAUCCCCAGAUCUCCACCUUCCUACGGCGGCGGCAGUGAGGACCCACGCUGUCACCUGGGCGGCCAACAUGGUGGUGCAGGAAGCGCUGCCGUCAGCCUACUACGACCACGAGGUCCACACGCUGGGCGUCUUCAGCCUGCAGCACAACGGCCGGCAGCAUGGGAAGACGGACGGCGUGUGCUUCAACACGCUGGUGGCACUGGUGCCUGACUAUGUCCAGCGCAACGAGGACGGAGAGAAGGUGGAGAGCACAGGGACAGGACGGCCUCCGCCUGUGGAAAACCCCCGAUACGUGUGGGUUGAAGUCCAGAAACAAACACUGAGAGAAACCCUGCUGGAAAAGACCAAAACCACGGCCAUCUUACCGCUGCACAGCCUGUAUUGAUCUGCACCGGCCCAGUUGUCCACACCACAACCUUCACUGUAGUGUAACCAAUACGAUGCUUUUAUUGUGGAAAGAGUGUGCUUUUAUUCUGAAAGGAACACCGGAAUCUUUGACAAGUAUUUGUAAGUCAAGCUUUGGCAGGUGGACGGUUCUUUGUUUGUUUGCUGCUCUAGUCAGGUACACGCUUUUAUGCCUGUUGCUCAGGCCCAAAAUAAAAGUGGAAACCAGA